UUCUCAGAGGGCUUCGCGGGAUAUACAUACAACGUUUGAGGCGGAACAAGCUGACAACGCGUCCUGUCUGGCUGUCAAACCUGUCCACAAGUAUGUUUGAGGAGUAUGCUUGCGCUCUGAACUAGUACAGAACUUGGAGUAGGACUGGCACCUCCGUUUAGUCUACAUGCAUUUACAAACAUGACUUUGGACUAGUAUUUGCUGCAGUUCGAGCCCAUGCCCCUAAAGCCGUGCCAAUGCCGAGGAAUGGAUACUAGUGUCUCUGGCGAAGUUGGAAACAUGGUCGCAAGUGAUGAGGAGCAUUUGGACGCGAGCGAUGGCAGUAACGCAGGGAUGGACGCGCUUCACCAGUGCGAACUCAUCCAGAACCUGAUCGAGAUCUCCAUCUCUAGUCUAAAAGGGCUCCGGACCAAGUGCGCCGCAUCUAACGACCUGACCCAACACGAGAUACGCGCUUUGGAGGUGAAGCUGGUGAAGUACAUCAGUAAACAGUUAGAGUGGAAGCAGAGUGUUCCAGAGAGUGACAGACCACUGGCGCUGGACUCUUACCCACAACUCACAGACUGGCUCUACACCAUCAACCUCCGGCCAGAGCUCAUAGAGGCCGUCCCUGUGAAGCUGUCUCUGGAUGCUCUGCUGCAAAUGUCCAGUGCGCAGGUGGAAGACACCAUGAAAAGACUGGGCUCUAGCAGUGAGGAGUGUUCCCGCAUCACUGCUGCCCUCUCCUGUCUCAAGAGCGCUACUGACACAGGGGGAGCUCUGAGGAAAGAGGGUAUCCCGUGGAUAGCAGAACCCACUCACCGUGACAGUACCUCUGCUGAUCCGCUGUCUUGUUCUAUGCGUGCACAUCAGUUUUACAGUCCCAACCCAACCAGCUGGCCCCCUCCUUCUGCUUUCCCUGCCCCUCGUUCCUGUGUCUCUGUUUCUGCCCUACCCUCAACGGACUUCCCUACAAUUGUCCACCCACACUGUGAUGGGCUGAUGGACCCUUUUUCAUCCUCCCCGCAGCUGAACCGCUGCACCUCUGGGCUGCUGUCCACCCCUCCAGCCACACCGCCACAGAGAAGGUAUGGCAAACUAAAGCCCCCACGAACUCCACCACCUCCAUCCCGUAAGCUGCUAAACCUCCUGCCCAACAUCACUCUCACGCGCAGCAAGAGCCAGAGCCAACUGGCCAACCGGAUCGACGACCCUACACCCAAGAACGUGUGUUCGGUCUGUGGGAGUGGACUGCUGUGUCAUCUGAGAUCACUGAUGGCCCAAUUCCAGGCAGUUUUUGGAGAGUAUUUCUACACGCCCCUUCACGUAGCCCCAGUGUUUCCUGUUUGCUCAAGGCCGAGGAGUGGAAAGAAAAAUAAGCCGCUCCUGAACGUGCAGGUAAACGGUGGAGGAAACGGCUGGGAAGACUCUGCCUCACAGUCACCACUGUUGUCUGCCCGUUCCCCCUGCAUUCUACCAAAUACCCCCAGUCAUCUGGGAGACUCUGCGGGAGUAAGAAACAAUGUUGCAUCCCACGGAAGCUCUCCACUAAUCAUGAGAAAGGAUAUCGGUCUGGAUGUCACACACAGGUUUUCCACCAAGUCCUGGUUGUCUCAGACGUGUCAGGUGUGCAAGAAGAACAUGAUGUUUGGUGUUAAAUGCAAACAUUGCAAGGUGAAGUGCCACAAUAAAUGUACCAAAGAGGCCCCUAAGUGCAGGAUUUCAUUUGCACAAUUUCCAAACAAGAUCAGAAGAACAGAGUCAGUACCGUCAGGUAUCAAUAACCAGGUGGAGCGACCAGCAGAGUCUCAGCAGUACGGAACAUUACCGAAGACAAUAAACAAAAAGGUUUUUAAAGAUAUGUGUCCCACCCUUCAGGACCACCCUCCAUCACUGAGUCACCUGGACUCCAGUAGUAACCCCUCCUCCACCACCUCCUCCACCCCUUCCUCACCUGCCCCCUUCGGUCAGAGCAACCCUCCAAGCGCCACCCCGCCACCCAACCCCUCCCCUAAGGGUCACAUUGACAGUCGCUUUCACUUCCCAGAUGUAUCCAGUACCACGCAUUCAGAUGGAGGUUACAACACCGGAGAAACAGAUCAGUUGGAUGGUAACGUCAACCAGUUAUCAACAGGCCAAAGGGAAGCUGUGGAUGAGGAGCAGCAAGGGGACGACGGUCAGGAUCAGGAAGGUUCGGAUGAUGAAAGUGAAGGUGAUGAAGUGGAUGACCUUCCCAAUUGCAGGGGCUACUGGAAGGACCACAUAAGCCGUAAGGCCAGCCAGACCAGCGUUUACCUGCAGGAGUGGGAUGUGCCUUUCGAGCAGCUGGAGCUCGGAGAGCUGAUCGGUAAAGGCCGCUGGGGAAAGGUGUGUAGGGGCCGCUGGCACGGAGAGGUGGCCGUUCGCUUGUUAGAGAUUGACGGUAACAACCAAGAGCACCUAAAGCUGUUCAAGAAGGAGGUGAUGAACUACAGGCAAACGCGACAUGAGAACGUCGUGCUGUUUAUGGGGGCCUGCAUGAACCCGCCCCAUCUGGCCAUUAUCACCAGCUUUUGUAAAGGACGGACGCUGUACUCUGUUGUCAGGGACUCUAAACUUGACAUCAACAAGAUAAGACAAAUCGCUCAGGAAAUCGUAAAGGGAAUGGGUUACCUCCAUGCAAAGGGAAUUGUGCACAAAGAUUUGAAGUCCAAGAAUGUAUUUUACGAUUCAAACAAAGUUGUCAUCACAGAUUUCGGUCUUUUUGGGAUGUCUGGAGUGGUCCAGGAGGACAGGCGGGAAAAUGAACUGAAGCUGCCACGAGGGUGGAUCUAUUACCUGGCUCCAGAGAUCGUGCAAAAGAUGGGGCCAGGAAACCAAGAAGACUGUUUGCCCUUUUCAAAAGCUGCUGAUGUUUACGCUUUUGGCACUAUCUGGUUUGAACUCCAGGCCAAAGAAUGGCCCAUCAUGAACCAACCGACUGAAGUUUUGAUCUAUCAGCUGGGAAGUGGAGAAGGCAUCAGAACGUUACUGGCCCAGAAGGGUACAAGCUUGGGCAAGGAGGUUACGGAGAUCCUGUCAGCCUGCUGGUCCUUUAAGGUUGAGGACAGACCAACAUUCACUCAGCUGUCAGACUUACUAGAGAAGCUGCCAAAGCUCAAUCGCAGACUCUCACACCCCGGGCACUUCUGGAAGUCUGAGGAGUAUGUAUCCUAGACUGGAACGCUAGCAUGCUGCGGAUCCCCCUUUUUUAGGGGGUGUAGUUUAUGGAGCAUGAAAACUAACUGAUGGUUUGGAGCCGACCUGUGCAUUGUUUUUUCUCUAUUCUGAGCCUUCUUAAUUUUACAUCAUUGGAUUUUUAGUGUAGCGAGUGUCAGAAGGAUGCUGUGCAUGGAAUCAACCAUUAUAUAUUUGGUCAAACCUGAUAUCAUAUGGUGAGGAAAAUAACAGUAAGUGACAGUAAUGAAAAAAAGAGUGUAUUGUUUGUGAGUGUUUUUUCUGCUACCAAGGUUUUUGCCUGUUAUGAAUGAUUGGUCUGGUUUGCAAAUAUGUGUGAAGAUUUUUGUGAUUGAUCAUUUAUUGUUCACCAUAUAGAAAUUCAGAAGCAGAUACUGUUCUGAAUAUGAGUGGUUCAGAAGGAAGGUGCUUAUUGAUUUAACCGGUUACAUUUUGAAGAUGUUCAUAUGACCAAAUAUCUGGCCUGUGGUCAGUAAUUCACCUCUUACAUUUAAAAACAAUGGUUAGACUGGUGAAAAGGGUGUAAUCUGAAUUGAUAAUAAUUAAAAUAAUAU